UUUAUCAAAUCAUCAUCUAACCAGAUGAAUCCCAGAAAGCGACUCCAUACUGAGUCAGAUGAGCUCGUCCUUUUGAACUACCGACGCAAAAUAUCAAGGAUUACACCGUAUGCGAUCCCUGCAGAGGAAGGAAGAUACGUUGCGGAAGGGAACGUCCCUCAUGCCUCAACUGCGAUAGAGCAGGGCAGGAGUGUACCUGGUUCGGACACGGCAAGAAGACGAGCCAGUCCGCGUACCCAUGCCGUCAUCAAUAUCCAUGUCCAGCUCGAGAGGCUGGAGCAGACUAUGUUGAAGAUACAAGACAGCCUACAUGAACUGCACCUGAGGAAAUCUAUCGGUUCGCUAGAUGAGUCACUGGGUAGUCAAUCUGUGACCAAUUCCGAUAUUGAAGCCCUCUUAUUGGACGCCCAAGCAGCCACAAGCAAUGGUUUGGGAGUGUGCCGGCGAUCCCUCUGUAAUGUUGCUGGUUGUCAGAUCUAUGCAGGGCCGACGUUGCUCCACUGCCUAAUACUGGAUGCCAAAGAAUUCAUCCUCGAAUCUAUAGUCAACGAGGGGACGCUCAAGCAGCACGAUGCAGCAACAGCCAAAAACCGUCUCGGCCAACUUCUGACAACGCAGCAUGACGUCUCCGAAGAGGCAGGUGGCAAAGAUGGUCUACCGCCUACGAUGCCCCCUACGGCCAUGCUGGAUGUUAUUUUUGAGCCUUAUUUCGAUCAGAUAAACCCAAGUUUCCCCAUUUGGACACGCCAGGGUUUGAGAGCUCAAAUUGACUCUCACAGAGCUAAUGACGUAGCCUGCGCCAUAUCAGCUAACAACAUGAUUAUCCUAACACUAGUAGCUAAAUUUGUGCGUGCCAUAUCUCGAAGGCCUCUGGAGUCAUCAGCGAAUGAGCAGACAUUUUCUUCGAUGGAGGCUGAACUGGCCAGACCGUUUGUUACCAACGCGAGGAGAGCCACCAAAAGCAUGGAUCGGCUCCUUGCCCCGAAGUUGGUCAACAUCCCAGCCCUGUUGUCAAUGUGCUUGAUUGCGCAAUACUAUCUUUCCGAAGAUAUAAUGUAUC